ACACCCACACAUGCGCUCAUCCACUGUAUAAAAGCAGUGGGGCUAGGCUGAGGGCAUGCAACAGACCUUUAAUGAUCUAUCGUCUUUGGCUAUAAGAUGUCAAUGAUGCAGUGCUACAUUGCUGGUUCCGUUAUUGCCCUUAUUCUUUUUGCAAGUGGGAUUGAAUCUCUUGGACCAUUUGAUAAUGGAGUUGGGAAUACUUACAAAUUGCAAGUUACCCAGGAUGUGUGGCUUGAAAGAGGAUCUAGGAACUACAACAACUAUCAGUACCUUAUUGUUGGUACUCACCCUCGGUAUCCUCUUAAACGAUCUCUGUUACAGUUUGAAGAUCUUCCGUCCACUUGUACACACGUAAACUGGGCCAAAAUGUAUGUGUAUUUCGCAUAUGCACACAAAGCCAGCUUUAUGUCAGUGACAGAAGUACCAUACAUUUCUCGACCACUGCAAGUACAUCAGGUGAGGCAGAGCUGGUCUGAGUCUCAAGCUACCUCAACCAUUCGUGCCUCUGGUCAGAAAUGGAAUCAGCCAUGGCUUGCUCUGGAUGGUAGUGAUGCUGAUCCCAAUGGCCUUCUGUGUGAUCCUGUUACUAUCUACACCAGCAGGCCUGCAGGUUUCAUUGAAUUUGAUAUCACUGAAGCGUUGCGCAACUGGCAAAGUGGAGAUCCCAACUAUGGUGUUCUACUACUGGCAACGAAUGAGAAGGCUCUGGGAAGAGACAUCAGAUUCUAUAGUAAAGCUAGUAGGAACUCACAACAGCAUGCGUUUGUCAAUGUACUCUGUGACUAGAGAGCAGCCUGUUUGCUAUAAUUAUAGUAAUAUGAACACGAUUAUCUUUGGUAUAGGUACUAUUGAUUAUGAUG